GAAGGGACGUCAGGGUUCAGAUGUCUCUGGAGGUGAUUUCAGGGUGCAAAGGGGUCUGGAAGUGACUUCAGGGUUCAGAUAGGUCCAGAUGUCUUAUGUGGUGAUUUCAGGGUCCAGGUGGGUCUGGAGGAGACUUCAGGGUCCAGAUGCCUCUUGCGGUGAUUUUAGGGUUCAGGUGGGUCUGGAGGGGACUUCAGGGUCCAGAUGUCUUUUGAGGUGAUUUCAGGGUGCAAAUGGGUCUGGAGGUGACUUCAGGGUUUAGAUAAGUCUGGAGGUGACUUAGCGGUCCAGAUGUCUCUUGUGGUGAUUGCAGGGUCCAGGUGAGUCUGGAGGUGACUUCAGGGUUUAGAUAGGUCUGGAGGUGACUUAGGGGUCCAGAUAUCGCGUGUCGUGAUGCCAGGAGCCAAAUGAGUCUGGAGGCGACUGAAACGUCCAGAUGCUCAUCAGGUGACUUCAGGGUCCGGAUGUCUCUUGAGCGGGUUUUUUGGUGAUCCAGAUAGCUUCUCCAUGUACACCAGCACCAGAGUGAAGAGAAGACCUUCUCCUUAUGAAAUGGAUAUCUCAGAGGGUCCCCAUACAAAAGUGGUUCGCCGCAUUUUUACCAAUAGCCGGGAGAGGUGGAGACAGCAGAACGUCAACGGUGCCUUUGCAGAACUUCGCAAGCUCAUCCCAACGCACCCGCCGGACAAGAAGCUGAGCAAGAAUGAAAUCUUACGUCUGGCUAUGAAAUACAUCAACUUCCUGGCCAAACUGCUCAACGACCAGGAGGAAGAAGGAAACCAAAGGGGCAAAGUGAACAAAGACACUGGGAUAGUCCAAGAAGACCUCCUGCAGGACAUGUUGUCUCCAAACUCUAGCUGCGGAAGCUCUUUGGAUGGCGCAGGAAGCCCAGACAGCUUCACAGAAGAGCACGAAGCGUUAGAAACCAAGCAUACGAGGAACCUCCAUCACUCCAUCCUCCCCGUAGAAGGCAACGCGCAGCGAUGAUGAACUUCCCAGUUGCUCGUCGAACCGAGAGGGGAAAGCGAUUGGAUCUGGACUCUUACAAUUUCUUGCUUCGCAUCUCCCAGAAGAAAGGAGGGACUUUGGUUCCUUCAGUUCUCGCAGUCCUGGAACUGGACGGAGAGCGAGUUGUUAGAGAACACGACCGAGUCAAGCGGACGUUCAAUAUUUAGGUACUUGAUCAGACACUGAAGAAAAGCUCUGACAUCGUCUUAGUGUACGUAUUGCUCAUGAUUUAACACAGGCAAGGAGAAAAACCUGGCUGUCACCUCUUUAGCAUUCAGAAGGGUUCCCCCCACCAAAAAAAUUAAUUGAUGAUAACCUCUCUUAAACCAGAGUGCACCUGCAACAUGAAACAUGGCCCCUUCAUUCACUGCCAGGCUAAGCCACAAAUCCUCUCCAACUACACGUGGCAGCAACAACCACUGCAAAUCCCUUCGCAGUAUUUUUAGCAUGUCUCUGGCCCUUCACGAAGUAUAUGCAACUUGUCUGGAUGGAGACUAUGGCAAUACGUUUUUGUUGUCUGAGAGCUUUUGACUGUACCUUUCUAGAGAGGUGAUAAAAUUCCUCUGCAAAAAAAAAUCAACUAUUGCAAGGACUGAGACUUUUUUUAAAAAAACAAAAUCUAAUUGAACUUUGGAUUGUUUGAGGUGUUGUAUUUAUGAUGUGGAAUUACUUCUGUUUAAUACCGUCAUGCCGUAUCUGCUGAACAAAAAGGUACAUUGAUGUUUUCUUCUCUUCUCCUUGACACAACUGUACCCAUUAUACAAAAGAGCUUAAAUCCCAGCCCUGCUGAAGCCAAUGAGAUGAUUCCGAUUGGCUUCUAUAGGGACAGGACUUGAUUCAAUGAUUAAACGUUUCAUUAAGGGCAAGCAAACAUUUGCCAGUGAUUUUUUUUUCCCCCUUUGGAAUUGUCGACCUGGUUGUUUUUUCCCCCCUUCGUUUAAAAAGAAAAAGAAAAUGGUGGAAUAACAUUGUGUGUGUAUGUCUAUGAAAGAGAUAAAAAGGUUUUAAUUA